CCUACUUAGCGCAAUAGUUGACUAACUAGCGUGUAGACAAUAAGGUGGGUUCUAAUGUGUUGUAUAUCAGGUUUCGAAAACGAAAAUUGCAAUAAGACAUCCUUAUUAAUUAAAAAUACACCACAUGCUAAAGUUUAAAUUACGGUCAAUGAAAUCUGAGGUAUUAAGUUCUGUAUCAGUAAACAUCCAUAAACUAUUUACAUACAACGGAUACUAGAAUAAACGAAGAAACUUCUGACUAGAUAUAUACUUAUUAAACGAUUUUCUUAUUGAUGUACUUUAUACCUGUUUGGUUUUUCAUCCUUAAUAAAUUAGAGGAAGUUAAUAAUUUCGGCCUCCUCUUGGAUCCUGAACUAGUCACUGUUUCAUCUUGAGGAGACAUUUGUUAGUAGAUAGGCUGCAAUUAUUUCACUUAUAUUUUGUCUUCAACAGUACAGUUUCUUUACACAUGCAAAUUCAGUGAACUGAGCACAUACCAAAGCCUUUUAUGACAAGCUCUAAAAUCUACAUUUACGAAAUGUCGACUCAGCAUUUAGUGUCUGAGACCCAAUUAUGUAUUACAAAGUCAUGCAACACUUAGACCAAGCUGGUAAACAACAGACUCUCGAAGUCAAAUUAGCUUGUAACCCAUUAACUUUUCGUCAGGUUCUGUUACAGACAUAUUUACUAGCACUUGGCUACGGACUGUCUUUUUUAUACCUUGGUAUUAUUUGAUUCCGUCGACGGAGGUUUCGUAUCUGUGUUCCUUAAAUGUGCCGAAAGGGGGCUUAAACGUUGUGGUGACUGUGUUUAAACAUCAGUCGGACCAGAUCUUGUAGCAAAUUUUCAUCGGAGUUGUAAACUCCAAGUGACGCUCAUCUGAGCGCCUCCAAAUCCUCACUUAUGGUAUAGUACUGAUUGACAGGAACGAUUAAAAAAAUACACUGACUAACAAUCCAUAUUUGAUCCCGGUAAACACGAAAUUUUAGUACCAAUGCAGCACUUGUGUAGAUAUUUGCCAAUUGACAAGUAUCAAGUAUAUCACGCAGCAGUUUUGUUCUGUAUUAUUCUAUGGCUCUACGUUCGUUAUGACUGACUGAUGGUUGUGAGACUUGGUCAUUAGUACGCAAUCUGAGUUGUUAAAAAAUAUUGUAAGGAAUUAUUGAACGCAUCUAGAUUCCCUUUAAUAUUAUCGACCCAACCCCCAACUACUAAUAAGAUGAAACAUACAUAUCUUGUUUGGAGAAGUAGCAUUCUUUAUAUAAGUAUUUCUUUUCCAGUAAUUUGUAAGUACAUCCAGAUGACCAUAAUAUAAGAAGGGGUUUUAUACCAAAUACAAGUCAAAAGUUAAAUAUAUAUCAGGACAUGGAAGAAUAAUGUAAUAAGACAAAUAAUCGCCGAUCUUUUUCAAAUAUCAGUUAAUUUUUAAAGUGGUUCAUUAUCAUACUUAAAUUAUCAAUAUUCUUAUUUUUGACUCAGUAUCAUAAACGUAGCCUAAUAAAAUAGAAGAUAUAUAGACCUCACGUAUUCAGUCGUCGGCGGCUUCAAACCACCCCUUGCGUCUGGUGGGAUAACCGAGUUAGAAAUUCUAAGGUUAGGUGUAAAGUAUUAGGCAGAGUUGGGAAUCAGCUAGUUAGACGGUCAGUCUUAUUCGACUAAAUUGUGUAGGAUAUAUACUUUUUAUGUUUUGUCACCGUUUACCUCGAUGCUGCACCUUGGUUAAGGUAGGAGUAUAUUAAUGAAAGAAUAGGUAUAAAGAAUAGUGAAUAAACUGAAGAGUUGACUAGUAAAUUUCAGUUCGUCAGUGAUUAAAUAAAUAUUUCUCUAAACACAACGCACAUCUAAAUUACAAAUAAAGCUGGAAAAGUAUAUAUUACGAUACUUAAACGGGAUUCACAACAUUUUUAGGGACAUUAAAGACAUUCUGAAGUCCAGGACGUUUGAUAUAACCGAAUAAAGUACGUUAAGCACUAGAAACAUUGUUAAUGUUUUAGGUUUUUUCUUUUAAGAGCAAUAUAGUUUAAGUGAUGAUUAUCACAAACUAGUAAAUCACGAGUAGCAAUAAUUCAAAUGUGUAAAGAAUAAGUAUCUUCUUAAAAACCGAGUUGCUUAUCGUGCCGUCAUACAUCAGUGUAUAUUUAAAUGACGGAAAUUGGGAUUAGCAGUGGUCUAAAUGGCGAUCAGAACCGUUCAGAAAGUACUUAUGAGGAACAAAUACAAUGUGUAGGUGUGUUCGCCCAGCCUAUGGCUUCAAAAAAAUUAACAAAGCGUUUGUAUAAGCUCGCUCGAAAAGCUAAACGGGUAAAGAAAACAGAUGUUGGAAUCAAAGCAAUUUUAAAAGCCAUAGAAAAGAAGAGUGUGUCCGGUAUCGUCGUAUUAGCCGGUGAUAUUAGCCCGUUUGAUCUUAUAUCUCAUGUGCCAUUGGUGUGUGAGGAGCACGACAUACCUUAUUGCUAUGUUCCGUCAAAGUUUGACCUUGGUGCAUGUGUAUCUUCAGUUACUCCCAUACCUAUUGUUUUUAUAACACGGGAUGAACAGUAUGGUGAUUUGUAUGACAAGUGUUACACUGCGGUUGAUGCAUUACCUCUUCCUUUAUGAAAUUCCUGUAAUCAAAAAAGCAGAAUUUUUUCAAUAAAACUACUAUUGCACACAUUCUUCUGAAUAAUCGGUUUUUGCAUUACAACACUUGAUAAUGAUAGUACUAUAGUCGACA